GAUUCGACGGCCCAUCCAGCUGUAACCUUGCGAUCCCUGUUCUGUCUUCCCGCCCUCUUCCUAUCUCCCCCGUCUCGUUUCUUUUCCUCCCUUUUUACUCCCUGGCCGUCCCCCACGUCAGGCCUCUUUCUUUCGUCCAUGCCGGCCUCCUUCUCCGAUACUGACCACGCGCAGCGCGAGAGGUCUCGUUCUCCCCGUCGUCGUUCGCGCAGCCCCCGACGCUCCAGCCGUCGUUCCUACUCGUCGCGCAGCCGUUCUCGCAGCCGUGACGAUUAUCGCCGCAGCGACCAUCGCUCUCGCUCGCCCAUGAGUGCUGCUCCUGGCCCUUCCGGAGGACAUUCAGCUUUUGGUUACGGCGGGCGCAGUUACCCGCCUCCCCCCCGUUCGUUCGAAGAUCGCGCUUCCGCCAAAGAACAAAUGAUGCAAUCCGUGCGCGAGUCGUCCCAGCAAGACCGUCGUGUCUACGUGGGCAACCUAUCAUACGAUGUCAAAUGGCAUCAUCUGAAAGAUUUUAUGAGACAGGCUGGAGAAGUUAUCUUUGCCGACGUCUUACUGCUUCCGAAUGGAAUGUCGAAGGGAUGCGGGAUUGUGGAAUACGCAACUAGGGAGCAAGCGCAGAAUGCCGUCACCACGCUUAGCAACCAGAAUCUGAUGGGUCGACUUGUCUAUGUCCGCGAGGACCGUGAACCCGAGCCCCGUUUCACCGGCGGACCUUCCCGCGGUGACUUUGGCGGUGGUGGCCGCGGUGGUUUCGGAGGCAGUUUCGGCCCUCCUGGCGGUGCCGGUGGCGGCGGCCGUCAGCUCUACGUGGCUAAUCUCCCCUUCAACGUUGGCUGGCAAGACCUGAAGGAUCUUUUCCGUCAAGCAGCUCAACAAGGCGCCGUUAUCCGUGCCGAUGUCCACACCGAUCCUUCCGGCCGCCCCAAGGGCUCCGGUAUCGUCGCCUUUGAGUCGCCCGAGGACGCUCGCAAUGCCAUUCAACACUUCAACGGCUAUGACUGGCAGGGUCGAGCCCUGGAGGUGCGCGAAGACCGCUUUGCCGGUGCCGGUCCCGGCUUUGGCGGCCGCGGUGGUUUCGGCGGCGGCUUCGGCGGUCGUGGCGGAUUCGGAGGUCGCGGUGGCUUCGCUGGCCGUGGCGGCUUCGCUGGUGGUUUCGGCGGUCGCGGUGGCUUUGGCGGCGGCUACGGUGGUGGUCCCGGCGGCUUCGAGGGCGUGGCCUCCGUGCCGCCUAACCCCUUCACGGACUUUGCCACCUCGGGUGGCGACAAGAGCCCCGUCAUCUACGUCCGUAACCUGCCCUGGUCGACCUGCAACGAGGAUCUAGUGGACCUCUUCUCGACUAUCGGCAAGGUUGACCGCGCCGAGAUCCAGUACGAACCCAACGGCCGCUCGCGUGGCACGGGUGUCGUGCAGUUUGACAGCGCAGAUACCGCGGAGACCGCUAUUGCCAAAUUCACCGGUUACCAGUACGGUGGCCGUCCUCUCGGCAUCACCUUCGUCAAGUACAUGAACGCAGACCCCGGCCAUGGCGAUGCGAUCAUGGACGGCGGCGACCCGACCGGAGGAAUCACGCAGGAUCAGAUCAUGUAAUUGUAUCCAUGUCGCAUCCGUUUAUUUUGUUUUCAUUUCUUUUCUUUUCUCUCCCUGCAGGUAGGCUUGUG